CCGCAUCAGGGUCCGAGAGAUCAUCGAGUCCCAAUUAACAGCUUGACUAGAUUUUAGUAAGUAGUCGUUGUGUCACAUUUAGUGACGUUUCUUCGCCUCACGUGCUAGUGCUGUAAACCUUUAAGUGUCUUUUGGUCGUCAGUGUAUAUUACAAACGUCAGAAGUGGAUGAACGAGGUUUUAUUACGCUGUAAAAUCGCUGAGCUUAAUUCUUUCCGAAGUCCUGUCCUGUCGGUGUGUCAAAGACAAAGAGGAUCCUCUUCAGGGUUGAAGAGGUGCCAAAUAUUUUGCAGCAAAUUGAGUGACACGUGCGUGAUCGGACUCGGUUGAUUGAUAAAUCCCGAUUUUUAGUUGAUUCGAGAAUUUUUAAGUGGAGAUUGAAGUGUGAUAGUGAAAAGUGCUGCAUUUAAAUUUUACUGGAUAAAAACGGUCUUGAUAAUCCGGAGAAACCACCGAGUGUGUAAAAGUAAUCUAAAUUCUAUUCGGAACAGAUUGCGUCCGAUGCAUGUGUACUAAAGGAAAUUUGGAAAACCAGUGAUUGCGGAUGUGAAAAAAAACAUUGUAACAUUGUACGAACGUUGAGAGGAUUCAAAUUUGAAAAUGUGUUAGAAUGCUGUCGUCCUCCACUUCGGCAACCCCGUUCAGCGUGCGCGAUAUCCUUAACGAAGAUCAGCAAUUUUGUGCCAUGGAUUGCUAUCCACAACAGCAACAACAGCAACCUCAACCACAGCAGCAUCUCCCGCAAGAUUACUACGCGUAUAAUAUAAUACCGGAGAACAACUGGGAGGUAGAAAAGUACAAAGAGCAACAAGGAGUAAUUUCCGGCUACCAGAAUUAUCAUCCCGAAAUGAAUCACGUUCACCAACUGAGUCAAGUCAUGCCGCCGUAUCAGGAGACCUCGGUUGCAGAGGAUGGAAACGUGGUAACUUCCAGCAAAACUGAACUUCGCAAGAGUCAGUCCGGGAAAAGGACGAAGCGAAAACCCCGCGUUUUAUUUUCACAGACCCAGGUCUACGAACUGGAACAGCGCUUCAAGCAGCAAAGAUACCUGAGCGCUCCGGAACGAGAGUUACUGGCCCAGACAUUGAAGCUGACGAGUACGCAGGUGAAAAUUUGGUUCCAAAACCGACGAUACAAAAACAAGCGGGCACGACUCGAGGAUGCGGAAAAGAUGCAGGCACAAAACAUGAAGAAUCAGUCCUUGAAGAAGAUCCCAGUACCGGUACUGAUCAAAGACGGGAAACCGAACAUCCAGGACACGUACAACACGCCUUACUGGCCCAACCUGCGUCCCGAAAUCGGGAUGGGGAUGCAGCCGGCUGAUUUUCGAUCUGGAGACGUCAGACUGAGCCCGGAAUUCAGGGGAAAUCAACCUGACAUGCGUCUUGACACAAGCGUCAGCCCGGAGUUCCGAUCGGAUCUGAAUUCCGAACUCAGCGGGCGAUCCAGCUUGAAUUCCGAUGUGCACAGACACAUAAGUCCCGAGUUCAGGGCGAAUUUAACUCCAGAAGUUCGCCCAGCGAUGCAGUGCGACGGAAGAUUGGUGAAGACCGAAUGUUGCGUGAAUCUUUCCAGCGAUGGUUCGCCCUAUUCCGAUCACAAGAUCGUCGGCAUUGAGGCCAAGCCGAUGACGAACGAAAACAGAGUAGUGCCAGAAAUUUUGGGAACGGAUUACAAUUUCUCAAACUACUUGGGCCCGCCGAAUUAUCAGAUGCAGUACGUAAACUACAUGGAUCAGGUUCCGAUUGAGCAGAAUCUUCAGAGGCUGUGGUAGUGCAAUUCAGUUUAGGCUUCGCUGCGUCAACGCUUAACCAAAAUUAUAACCAAAAAGUAUUCACUAGGAUUAUUUAGGAAGUUUUACUAAGCAGGCUGACGUUCAAGUAAGAUGAUAAUACUCAACGUAAAUAGGCUAGUUAACGAAUAUAUAGAACACUUUAUUGGCAGCUGUAUUUUCUAGAGUAGCUGUAGGAUAGUUUUUUGUUCUCUAUGUUUUAAGUGCCGCUCAAGAGAGCAGGGCGGAAAUUGUUUGAGUGCUUUUUGCGGAAGCAUCAAUUCAAACCUAUUCAACCUGUGUCUUCGCCAAAAACUGUAGUUGACCCAUUCUGUUAAAUAACUUUAUGAAGUUCAAAAUUUCUAUAUCGCAUUAGAUUUAUUGUUAUACUUAUUAAUAUUAGUAUUAGCAACGCUGUUAGUGUACGAUGGAAAAUUUAUUUUACGAACUUGAAUGUAUAGUUAAUCGUGUCAAUGUUGCAAAAGUACGUGCUCAUAC